AUGACCCGCGAUAGGGCUGCCCAUUUCCAUCCAACCUCGUCCAUCCAUCCUGAUUCCAUCCAGUAUAAAGCAUCGCAUCGCGCUGCGUGGAUAGGGGUGCCCCAGCUUCAGCGACAAGGAGCAAGCCAUGCGGCAGAGAACCACUCGCCCCCCACCAAUAUCACCCCAGCACAUCGCCGUGACCCUCAACGAGGCAAUUCAAAUGAAGAGAAGAGAAGCCAAUUCGAAACUCUUCGAAAAGGGAAGAAGCAGGGUUCUGGAUUCUCCACCCGCCAGAUGAUGAUGGUGCUGGAGGUUCGCAGCACGUCAUGUGAAGUGAAGAGGGGGGAUGUGAAGAGAUGGGUGGAAUAA